ACUCUCUAUUCUCGGUCUCGAAACCAAAAUCCUCAAAAUCUCUCUCGUUUUGCGCAUUCACUGUGGCUUUGUCUUCCACGAUCACGGCAGCACAGAAAGUGGCAAGAAAUCAUUGUCGGAGUAGACGGGUAGGCGAGAAAACCCACGAAAUCGACGAAACAACCCUGAAAUAGGCAAAGAUGUCUGAUUUCAUUGUACCACUGGAGAAACACUUUCCUGGUCGUGUCACCUAUAGGGGUAAUGCUUACUUAGAUACCAUUAUAGAGUAGUUUAGGAGGCACAUGCUAAUUGAACGGGAAAAGGCAUGCCCGUUGGGACAGUUCUUCAAGGCUAAGCCCUUUAGUUUUUCUGGGGUUCUACUACAUCAAUUUAUGUUGCAGAAAAUGGAAAGCAAGAAGCCUGAAUAGGGUCAGUUCUACAUGGGCAACACUCUUUGUAGAUUUGGGAUUGCAAAGUUUGCUCUAGUCACCAGGCUGAAUUUUGGGAACACCCUGUCCCCAGAUGAGUUGAGAGAACAUCUUUCAAGUGAUCGGAUCAUCCAAGAACACUUAAAUGGUGAUUCCAAGUUUAGUUUCGGCCAGUUGGAAGAUGCUUUGAAGGCAUCGACAAACCCAGAAGAUGCAUUUAAGCUGAGUUUGUGCUAUUUGAUAGAGGGGAUUAUAAAUGCCCCAGAGAAGACAACACAGAUAUGGGUUGAUUCCCUGAAGAUGGUUGAGAAUCUAGACUACUUUUUCAAGUAUCCGUGGGGGGAGCUGUUCUUUAAGAAGGUUAUUAGAGUAGUUCAAAAGGACAUGCAAAAAAAAUUGAAACAUUAUGAGGAGAAGAAGAAAGAGGGUUCAAGCAAAAAACAGGAGUUGAAGUAUAGUUUCUAUGACUAUGUCCCCACACUUUUGUACUGGGCUUUUGAGGUCAUGCCAACUAUCGAGAGUAAGUACGGUGAGAAUAGUGGGAACCAGAUUCCUAGGAUGCUUAGCUGGGCUACGAAGACCGAUAUCACUCUUUCGACAGCUGAGUUGGUUCCUAUGUUUGCUAAACGUUGAGUAAGUUCCACUUUAUCUUGUUAAAUGUUACAAAUCAAAUCGAACUUCUUUAUUAACGCUGGGAGAGAUCGAUGCAUUUCUUAUAACUCCCUUCUUAACCAAUGUCACACAGAGAGGAAUCAACUUCUCUAUAGAUUUCGAUGUUAACCCAAUGAAUGCA